AAACUAAUACAAUAAAAGAUGCUAGCCUAGCUGGCGUUGCUAACGACGAUCUGGCUAACCCGGCAGAAAAAGAAAGCGAGCGUCGAAAAUAAGUCGAAUUUUUCAGCUUUUCUUUUCAUGAUGUGGUACCGCUGUUGUUUUUUACGUCGUCGUUAUAUAUUGACGCAGAAAAUGUUGGACAGCGAAGCUUCUUCUGGCUAGCAUUAGCCUGCUAACGAUUCGCUCGGUGUUCCUUUAUUGUCUCCCAAUUAGGAUUUAGUUUUGAACGUGAGGACUUUUCACGACGUUUCGGUACCGCGGAGAAAUCCACGCCGAAGGACCCCUCAUGAUCUUAACCGCACCGAAACAGAAGUGCCAUGGAAUUGUUUUGGGGUGACGCGCUGGCGCAGGUCGCGGGGUGUCCGUGGAUAAUGCGAGACAGUGGGGGUAGCCUGACCCAGAACCGCUGGCAGGGAGAUCUGGGUCUGACCGCCGUGGGCCAGGAAGACACCGGAGGAGGUGGGAUUCCCGGAGACCACCUCAUUGUCCCGGUGUCCGACCGUAGCAUCCCCAGCCCCGUGCACCUCCGCCUGGGUCAGAAAGAAAAGGUGUGGAGCGGCGAGGAUGAGGUGGAAGAGGACAGGAUGGGCCACGUCGACGCCGACGACGAGUUCGAGGGCGGCUGCUGGGAGGAGAAUGAGGAGGACGAAGAAGAAGAAGAAGAAGAAGAAGUAGGAGACGACGAGGAUGAAGAGCGAGCGGCUGUGGUGGAGCUGGACAUCGCAGACUUUCUCCCGCAGUCCACCCAGCAUUACCAGCACGCACACUUCGCAGCGUCACAGAAGGAUGAAGAUGUAACGAUGGAGGAGGAAGAGGAGGAGACGCCGGUCCCUCAGGCCGGAACGGGACGCCUGACCUCGGAGCCCCGCCUGCACAGAUUCUGGUCUCCGCGCCGGCCCCGGCUGCGAUUCCACGGCCCCCCGGGCUCUCGGCUGAGCCAGCACUGGAAGAGCUGGCGGCAGCGGGCCCAGCGGGUGUACUCCCUCGGCCUCCGUUGGAGCCUGCAAGGACAGAAGUACUGUUACAGCAAGCAUAGGAGGAUAAAACGCUAUCGUCAAUCGCUGUACACCGAUGACGAUAACAGCGAGGAAGGGGGCUUCGCAGAGGCUGCUCGAGAUAAACAGCGGAGCGGCUGCUCUCCAGACAGGCACGCCGAGCGAGGCAGACGGGAAGUCGAGGAAAAGCGAGCGGAGCCGGUGCUUUCCGAGGAGCACGUGAGCUGCGUAACAGGCAUUCUGGAAGAAUCCCUGCAGAAAUACGGCAGUUUGAUCCCAAUCCAUGUCGAAGACAUCGUGGAGAGGCUUCAGGACAUCUUCAGAGAGAACUUCUCCCAGCCACACAGGAAAGCCACGGUCCAACACUUGAUACAAUCCUUCCAGCGUUCCUCGGGAUCAGCUCUGGCCAAAACCUUCAGAGUCAAUUACAAACGCCACGUUCUUAUCAUGGAUGACCUCGGCACUCUUUAUGGACAGAAUUGGCUCAAUGACCAGAUUAUGAACAUGUACGGCGACCUGGUCAUGGACUCUGUUCCAGAGAAGGUUCACUUUUUCAACAGCUUUUUCUACGACAAGCUAAGGACAAAAGGCUACGAAGGAGUCAAACGGUGGACGAAGAAUGUGGAUAUCUUCCAGAAGGAUCUCUUGUUGAUCCCCAUCCACCUGGAGGUCCACUGGUCGCUGGUCAGUGUCGACAUUCCUCGGAAAGCCAUCACCUACUUUGACUCCCAGCGGACCCUCAACCGACGUUGCCCCAAGCACAUUUAUAAGUAUCUGCAAGCAGAGGCCAUCAAAAAAGACCAGCAAGACUUUCUGACCGGCUGGAAAGGCUUUUUCAAAAUGAAGGUGGGCCGGCAGAACAAUGACAGUGACUGUGGGGCGUUCGUGCUACAGGAAGUGAAAAAUCAAUCAAGCCAGAUGCAAGCCUAAAAACUAAAGUGCAGUAACAACUACGUGUACUUCAUCAAUUGCCACCAGUGCGCACACCAGAUCCAACGUUGGCGUCAACCUCUGUAGCACAAGCUUUUUUUUUUUUUUUUUUUUUUUUUUUAAAUAGCGGUACGUUGCCCUCCGAGUUGAAUUUGAGCAUCUUCUUCUUUGCCCCUUUCGAUUGUUGGUUUUCAUGUUGUAUUUGUGUCUUUCACCGUUUGCCCCGUUGAAUAAACGGCCAAAAGUGCAGCUGCCACUUGUGUUCUCCUUUUUCUAUUCACUUCCCUGACGUGGCGUUUCUCAAGCUCGCAAGUCAGAGUAUCGUUGUGAAAGUAAGAAUUGUCAGGCUGAAGGAGCGUCGGCGCCACCAAAGCGCACUUCGGCCAUGUUGGACUGACUUGUGUGUUUUCUCUUUCCACCGCCGCAUCGUUACAGUACUGCAAGUGUCUGGCCCUGGGGCAGCCGUUCAGCUUUGGCCAGCAGGACAUGCCGCGUCUGCGCAGGCAAAUGUACAAAGAACUGUGUCGCUGUAAGCUCACCCUGUGACCCCUCACCCCCACCGAACCACACCAGCCACAGCGAGAUGGAAGGGGGCGGGGGUCGGAGGGGGCCGCUCGAGACGGAACGCUCUCAGCCGACACCUCGUUGUGGAUCGUCGCAACCGUCUUGUGGAUUCUUCGAUGUAGAUAACCCCAAAACAAUCCAGUUCUGUUUCUUGGCUAAAUGAUGCCUGAGUGUUUUAAGUGGGCCGAGGGUUCUUCCUCACAUCAGCCACGUUGAUGGAGAAAAGGUAUGGAACAGCUAUGCGAGCGGACCUGAAAACAUAACAAAUGCCCCUAACAUAUGAGCUGUCUUACUAAAAGGUUCCCUUGACCUGUGUUGAAGAAUCGGCAACCAUCUCUUCAACACAUUUUGUAUUUUGAUUUAGAUUUUUUUGCCACGUGACGUGUCCUUUAUUAAGGUCAUUUACUUUGCAUUUAUCUGUUGUUGUUUUUUUUGGGGGGGGGGUUUUGUACGUGCGUUAAUGUCGUUCCAAUAUGUUGCUACAUUUUGACAACUGUUAAUACAGGAGGAGUUCUCUACUUUUGUUUGAGGGGGGACAAGAAUACAAAUUGGCCAGGUUUUCUUUCAUCAAGCAAAUUGUCCUCUGUAACUUUUGUAACAAAAUACUUUUAUGUUCCCUCCUAAAAGUUGUAAUGAAAUUCAGUUGACUGUUUUAUAUAUCUUCUACAGUACAUACUGGUCACUAGAAAUAAAUUUAAAGAAAGUUG